AUAACCUGUUUGUCUUCUUUUUCCAUCACUUUUUGUGAGUUUCGAAACACACAAUAUUCGUGUGUAAUUGACAGAAUGGUGCCAUGCUUGAUGCAUGGCGUUCCAUUCGAAUGGUGCUCCUCUGCAUUUUUUAUUUUAUUUUUAACAGUUUCCGGAUAAAAGCACCCGUAAAAUCAAAUUGCUUAACAUUCUUGCAAUACAUCUUGUGAAAUACACACACGACGGUGCUAAAGAUAUGGCGAAUAUUACAUGUAUUCUUAUCAUUUUAUCGCUGGGUUUCAUCUACGGACAAAAGGUAUGCUAGCUGUUGAUUUAAAUCGUUUUUAUUCAAAUGCCACUAGUGGAUUUACAUUGUACCUGGUUUUUUACACAUCUCAGAUAAAUGGUUCCUCUCGCGAAUUGGAUCCCAUUACGACCGAAGCACCACUAACGAGGCUCAUCGAACAUCAUAUGUCUAUUCAGCAAAAGCUUGCUACACAGCGUGCGCCUAAUUACAGCAAACCACCAUUGUCGCGUGUUUCAGCACUCACUAGUUUCGUCCAACAUCUGCACAACUCGAAUCGCACAUCAGAAUUAUACAAACCUUUCGUAGCUAAACAACCCACAGACACAGCAGCUCAUGAUGAACAACAGCCUUCGAACGCUGGACCAGUCCAGCUUGGUCUCAGUAAUUUUCUGCUGGUGCUAUCCAAUCUCUCUAAUCGACCGCUGAGUGAUCAAUCUGCCGCUUCCAGCUCUGGUGGUGUGAUCAGUCAAGGCAUAUCCACUGUUCAGGAGACAUUUUCUCAGGUUGGUAGUACAAUUCAAAAUGGGAUUAAUUCCGUGUUUGGCACAAAUCAGGCGAAUCAAGCAUCUUUAUCGGCCAGUUGGAAUCCUGCACGUCCCAUCUCAAGCGCUGUUGUGACCUCUCAGCCCGUGUUCUGUCCAUCAGAUUGCACCAUGGCCUGUGGUGUUGCCCAGAAAACUGCCUCGUUUCGUGUUUUAGGUGGCGCUGAGGUUACACCAUACAACAAAUAUCCGUGGAUAGCUGUAUUGCAGUACUACGAUCAAAACGUAGGCACUGGGACGCUGAUCAAUGAUCGCGUGGUGCUUACAACCGGUAGAAUCGUUUCUUCUAUGAUCAUUUUCAAUCAAAUUAAAGUUAUAUUUGGAGUUUUUGAGCCUAAUUCUACCACUGAAAGUACAUCCAGGAGUGUGUUCGCCGUCACCAGAACGAAACUUCAUCCACAGUACAGUGCAUCCAAUUUGCUAAGUUACAAUAUAGGGCUUCUCCAGUUGGCAGUGCCAGUAACCAUCACCGACAACUUCAUGCCCAUUUGUUUGCCCAGCAGAAUUAACACAUUUUCCAACACAGAGGCAAAACUGGUGGGCUGGGGUGCUCGUGAGUUUGGUGGAGAAUCGUGGAACAAACUACAAGAAGCGACUAUUCCUCUGUACUCAUUCGAUGAGUGUCGCCUGGCCUACCCUAAUUCAACAGAGAAUAAUAUAUGCGGUGGUGUGUUUGGCCCUGCACCGAAAGACAAGCAUAAGACUUCUUGCGAUGGCGACGAAGGAACUGGACUUAUGUAUCCCUGGCCAAACGACCCAUCAUUCUUGACGCUCAUCGGUAUAACUAUCCAAAUUCCGGGCGUUGGUUGUGGACAAACGAACGAACCUGCAGUAUUUACUAAGCUUUAUCCAUAUAUUCCUUGGGUGCAGAGACAAUCUGCCGGAUGCUACUGUAAAGCUUAGAACAUGGACUAUGGCUUAGAUAUUGAAUAUACUCCGCUUCACUCAUUACGGCCUGAUCAUUUGUUUCGUAAAUAAAUAACACAAAGGUUAUUGAGCUUAAUAAGCUUCAUAUUUUACAUUGCACUUUUAUGAAUAAAAUGGAUUUGUUAUGGCAAAUUGUUUUUUUUUUCGGUUGUUAACCCCAAAGAAAUUGGGCUUACGAUAGCAUUUCUUUUAAAAGUUGCACCUGAAGCCAAUGACCUCUGUGGGGUUGGAACUGCAAACCUGUUUUGCAAGAAUUUUGUGCAACGCAUUUGGGAUGCUGCGAUAGCGAUCUUUCGUGAUUUUCUUUUCUUCCACCACCGAAAAAUCAAAAGUACUCGCCAAACAAAACGAAUCGUGGCAUAAAAGUGUCUUCCUUCCUCCCCGCAGGUUCAUUUAAAACUGGAUUUAACCGUCGAUCAGGGCGUGCACAAAACGUUUGAUUUGCCCGCAAUUCCGUUCAGUUUGGCGGUGCCACUCGAACAGAACAGAAGUGAAAUUGGUUUGUAGAAACCAUGCAAGUGAUAUCUGUGCAGUUUUGUUUGUUAAGUUGUUUAGUGUUUACCCAUGCACACCAUGGUGAAGUAUGUUGACUAUACUGACUUGUGCAUUGCGUUUUCUACUAAAAAACAUUUUCUUUAGCAGGAGCAUAAAGAACCAGCAGUGAACAGAAAAGUGGUGGAAAAU